CGUUAGCUGGAGGUCGGAUGUGUGGACAGAGCGGCUCUCAAGUUUGACUAACUUUUAAGACAUUCGUGAAAGAAGUCGGAUGACGGAUUGACUUGUUUGCUGCUCUUUUGUUUCCCUUUUCAUUUGACUUCGCGUUUAUUUCGGAGACUUUUUUUUCAGCUGAAGUGACUUCGAGAAGUUUCCAACAUGAACACCGGGCCGGCGCUGGGAAAGCUCUCUGUGCUGCUGGCGGUGCUUGUCCUGGUCGUGAGGUCGCCGUGUCGAGCGGCCGAGCCCCCGGCGGUGGCGGCGGCGGCGGCGGCGGCACAAUGGUCCGGCGACGACUUCAGGAACUUGACCCUACGGCGCCACAGAACCUGCGUGGAGAACGAGCAGUACCACCACCAAGGACUCUGCUGCCUCAACUGCCAGGCUGGGACGUUCGUGCUGAGGGCCUGCGAACGUGACCACCACCAGGGGGCGUGUUCUCCCUGCGAGCACGGCCACACGUACACGGAACACUCCAACGGGAUGAAUCGAUGUUUGCCUUGUACGCACUGUCGCCAAGAUGAGAUGGAGACGGCGUCCUGCACCACCACGUCCGACACCAGGUGCCAGUGCAAACCCGGAACGUUCUGUGUGCCCGACCAGGCCUGUGAAGUCUGCAAACGCUGUGCCAAGUGUAAAUCAGGUGAGGAGGAGGUGGAGAAGUGCACCUACUUUUCCAACACCGUGUGCAGAAAGCGCCAUCCGUCUCCCACCCAAACCCCGUCGCCCCAAACCCCGCCCACUCCCGCCUCACCAGCAGAAAUCGCCGUUCCCAUCCUGUGCUGCCUCCUCGUGGUGGUCGCCGUCGGGCUGGCGGUGUGGUGGUUCGUCAUCAAGCAGCGCUCCUUUCAACCAUGCGUAAAGAGUCACUUCGAGGCCUGCGAAAUUGUGAAGGUUCCCAUUGAUGAGAGCGCCCCUACGGCAGAGGAGUGUCAGAACAGUCGUAACGCCGGCCUGGAAGGAGAGGAUUCCCGUCCAGAGUCGCGACCCCUGCUGCAGGAGACGCAGGCCGGCAUGACCAAGGCCUCGUCCCCCGUGGAGGACGAGGACCGCGGGCUGGGGGACAGCCUCCCCAACACCACCAGCUCGUCUCAGACCAGCCUGUCGGCCCUCCCCACCGCGGCCUCAUCCGGGAAUAGUCCUCAGCAGAGCCCGGCCGCCUGCAGGGUCACGCCUGCCGCCAUGGUGAGCAUCGGGACCGGACAGGACAUGAAAGGAACAUUCUCGCCCCGUCCACACGUCCUUCAUGUCUCUUCACUCUUUCAGGAGGAUCCUCUGCAGCAUCGCUUGGUCCCGCUGCAAGAGUCCGAAAAGUCCCUGAGGAAGAGCUUUGACCUGUUCGACAAGUACCUGGACGUGGGGAUCCACAACAAGUUCUUCAGGAACAUCGGCGUCAGCGACAACCACAUUCGCAUGGCGGAGGGUGGCGUGGCGGGCGAUAAAGUGUACGAGCUGCUGAAGAACUGGAUGCAGCGUCAGGGCCUGAAGGCCGACAUCAACCAGCUGCUGCAGGCCCUGCUGGACCUGGACCAGCGCCGCUCGGCUGAAAGCAUCGCCUCGGAGGCGCUGCGGCGAGGCUUCUACAAACACGCCCCCUGAAGGAACGCCGUCCCGCCACAGGUUGACGCACUUAAUGGACUUACUUCUUCGCGGCUUGGAGAGCCAGUAGUUUUUUUUUUUGAGGAACACAUGAGACAAAAAGGGGAAGCCGAGCUGCUCGAAGGACGCUGAAAGCCACAGAAGAAGAAGAAGAAGAAGAAGAAGAAGAAGUGAACUUACUGAACGCCACCUUGCGGCGAGCACAUGAUACACUGGUCUGGCGCGCUGUUAGCGAUAUGCCAUGCACUGCCCCCCACUGGCACAAUGUAGUCACGCUACCUGUUACACCACCAUGAAUGUUUCUGCUAGCAUGAAGUCACUAAACGUUCUCACACCACCUUUGCUCCAAUUGUUACAAACAAGAACCACGACGCUCCCGGCGACAUUUUAUUUAUUCUCCUAUUUAUUAUACCGCGCCUUAUUUAUGCCUUUCGAGCAAAAAGUGCACGCUCUCUCGGCCUCUAAAAAAUACAUUUCAAUCAGCAGUCCAGCUGACCAAAUAGUCCACUUCAUUAACCAGUCUCGGACUGCAGGUACGCAUCUUUUUGUCCCAUUUAGCUUUGAUGAAGGAAGAUUGAAACAAUUCAACUUUAUUGCUCCCAAACGUUAGCUUGUUUGCAGUGGGCCUCACAAAGUGUGCAUGUGUUUGUGCGUGUGUGUGUUUGUGCGUGCGUGCGCUUGGGCGCCACAGCCAGAAAACUGUAGCGAGGUCCAAUCAGGAACAUGCUAGCUGAAACUGGACCCUCCUCCGCCCACCCCCAAGUCCCCUGUACAGAAUGAGUCUACUGUAUUGUGAUGCUCAGUGCUGGCGCUGCCAUCUAGUGGUUGACAAAGCAACUUCAUCCUGCAUCGAUUUCAAAGGCUUGGUCACAUGACUUUUUAAUAUUGUUUGCCAGCUGUGACUUUGUGGAACGAUUGAAGGAGCGCAGCAGAGUAAAGACUUCACUUUCAUUGUUGGAAUCAAUAAAGUUAAGUGCUUUUAAGACUUAAAUGAUGAAAGAUGGCAAUUUUGAUGAAAUAUUUUGUACAGAGACUCCCUUGUGGAUUAUGAAUGUUUUUUUAUUUGUUUGAAGAAUAAAUUGCUUUUUUGGACGUCA